AUGUCUCCUGUCAAUAUCACCUCCAAGUCAUCACAGAAGCCACCGAGCUUGAAACCUACAUGCACUUCGUGCGCUGCGUCCAAAAUAAAGUGCAGUCGCGACAAGCCUGAACGUGGGUUGACAUGCGACUAUGUUGCCAGCAGGCGAGCUGGCCGGCCUUGUCAGUCCAAAAAGUCGUCAGACUCUACGACCUCCACCAGUCGGCCACAGAGCAACAGCAGCACGCUUGGUAGCCCUCCAACCCAACUCUCGAAUGUGGCGGGAAAAGAGACACCAGCACCAACGGCAAUAAGAUCAACGACCAAUGACCUCCCCUCUACAUCGAAAGCCGCAGAUCUUUCCAACACUCCUCACAUGUGCUCGAGUGGCGACCUUGCUCCAGACUGGGAUGGCGCUUUCAAUACAUUUGAGCCUUUUGAAACCUUUACCAUCGACCCUUUUCCAUUACUGGAUGGCUCUUCCACUUUUGUCGACGACCUCUCCAACAGUAUCGACCCUCUGCCCAUGCAAGACCUCUUCAACAGCCAAUGCACGAUGCCAAUCGCUACUGCCAUCCAGAACGACUCGGCCGGUUGCACUCAAAAGUGUGACUGCUUAAGCAAGGCUAUGGGAUUUCUUGCGGAAUUACGGUCGGUCUCUAAGUCCUCCAUUCGACAAACGUCCAUCUGUGUGCCAACUACAGAUACUGUCAUUGUUCGAAAUAGAAACAUACUGGAGUCCACUAAGAAGCUUUUAGAUUGCAGCUGCGUUACCGAUGAGGUACUGAUGGUCAUCUUUCACUUGACCAUGAUGCAGAUCUUGAUGUGGUAUGCAGCUAUCGUUUCAGACCAGUCCAAGUCCGAUGAUGAGAUGUCUAACGGUACUGGUUCUCCCAAGUCUCAUUCUUCUCAAGAGCAGGUCCUCAAAUUACCCACUACGAUAGAUGGCUACCAUCUCGAUGGUGGUGACAACGAUCGAAUGGCGGCGCAACUCGUGCUCAGUGAGCUUCACAACGUGCAUUAUAUUGUCAAUAAAUUGACUAGCAAGUUGAACAAUCCAUCAGGACUCACUAGCCCUGAAUUGACAGAUCAACAAGUCUCUGCUGGUGCGAUGGAAUUGGAUGAUGCUGAAGGUGGUAGCGGCAUAUCGUUCAUCUCUGCCCAGACGAUGAAGCUAUUGCAAUCAGAUAUCAACAAGCGUUUGCGAACAGUCUCACUGCGCACUGUGGGAACUUUGCAGAAGUAG